AUCAAGUUGCUGGCGAGUUGAGGGGGGGUUCUACAGGAAGAUAACUGUGCGACACAAGAUACUCAAAGGGGAUUUUGAGAUCGGCAACUAUGGCAAUCAAACUGUACUACACCACUGUGACUGCCUCCCGGGAGGUCAAGUCCCAACAGGCAGAGAUGAUGCGAAUCCUUGAGAGUAAAAGCAUUAAAUUUGAGUUGAUCGACAUCUCGGUGGGCGGGGAGGUGCGAGAUGAAAUGAGGAACAAGGCGGGAAACCCCGCUGCAGUCCCUCCCCAACUCUUCAACGACGACCAGUACUGCGGGAACUUCGAGUUGUUCUCUGAGGCAGUAGAAGCUGAUACAGUCGAGCAGUUUCUGAAGAUGGCAUGAGGGUAGCGCUCCCUCUCUCACCGCAUUGGCCUGCUCCCCGCCCGAUCAUGAAAGGUCUGCAAGCCACUCCAGAUGUUUGUGGCUUGGCCCUCCCAACCCUCCUCCCCUUCCCAAAUUCAAUGCCACAAUAUGCCAAAUAUAUAGAUAUAUACAAUCAUAACAUUAUCACAAGCCCCAAGUCAUCAGCUGAACUUAUUAGACUCAAACUAUAAUCACUGAUGAAAUGAUUCUGUUGUUUAUAAAUGAUCCGUGACAUUGCCACCGAUGUAUUUCUCACCCUUACCUAUUCUUGUUAGUAAUUAGGUCAGUGUCUUUCGAGGACUUCAGCAUGGGACGCUAUAGAGCUAGAGUCUAUUGAAUGACACUCUUUUCAGGCACAAUGCUGGUGUGAUAUAUGGUUUUCUCACAGCAGAUAUCCAAACAAAGGAGACUGUUUUCCGCCUGUUUAUGGUGUUCCUUGUCUAGUAAGCAGCAGAAUGUUAGCACUGCGGCUCGUCCACACACUUGCAUUGGUGGAUUCUGCUGACUAAGACUGCUCUGACUUUUAUUUUGUCUUCGCGCCAAAGGGAAAAGUCUAUCGGUUGUACAUUUACAACAUCUCUUCCCAAUAGGAUGUCAGCAGUAAGAUAGCCCCAGAAUUACAUCAACCUUUUCCAUAAACCAUCUACUUGAUCCGAACCAAACCUAUUUAUGGCACAAAUAAUAAUACUCUUAAUGAUCUCAUCUCUGACUUUUUACAUUCCCAUGUUGAUUAAAGACCAGUAUUGUUGCCACGUUCUAUUAUGUUACCACCAUUUUAUCAGAUAUCAGAAUUAAUCCUUGGUUACACUUGUGGUUAUAUUGUGAUCGGAUCACAGUGGUACCAAGGCCUUAAUCUACUCUAGAAGAGCUGCAUGCAAUCCAUCAUGGAAAACAGCAGCACAGGGAUGCAACAAAGCACUUGGCUUUGCCCAGUUGUCAACACAUAUCUCCUAAGGUGACUUAAACAGCUAAAAAUCGAUUGACUUGCUGUCCUUUAUAUGAACAUUAUCAUUCCAACCAAAUGAACAUGACUGCGGUAUUGCACACACUAGGUGAUUCUAAAAGUUGUGUCCCGACAGGACAAGAAAAAGGCCUGUUUGGACUAAAAAAGCGAUUUAAGCGAGACCUGCAACACUUGUAGCACCCUCAUAAAAAAACCUGGACCUUUUUGGGGUUGCUUUUGUAACUAUCUGACCCAUCCCAAAGAUGCAGUAAUGUGUUUCUAUGCAUUGUCAAGCCAAAUUAAAAAAUUGCAGCACCGUGUUCGAUGACGUUUCAAACCUGGGUGAAGAAUUUAAGAAACAAAAUAUUGGCCAACUGGGCGACUGGGGAAAACUCAAAGGUUUUCUGUUCUGCUGCUUAUUCAAUGCAUAGGCCUUAUCACCUAGUGGCCAUCUUGAUUCUAAACGCUAGCAUGGUGAGGGAGCUGAAUCGUAAUCUAGCCAAGGUGGCAGCUUGGUGAAUAAGUUCCACAGGGUUUUCGGAAUAACCUUUGUGUUCUGUCUUCAGUUUGGUUUCCCCUCAUAUUGGGAACCAUAUCAUUCCUGCAUUUGCUUCCAUGUAUUUUUCUAUCCAUACACGUUUCCAAUUCACUGUUUUAGGCACUUAUUCAAGGACUUUACUCAAUGACAGUCCUCACAGACACAAUGUUUAUGCACUGUUGUGUUGAUUGUAGUAAGCUGUGUUUUUGCCUGUUAUGUGUAAUCAGUAUACCCUGUAUGCUCUGUUUUUAGACAUUCCAUGUCUGUUUUAACCUCCUCCUUUGCUGUUUGGACCCUUUUCCCUUUGGCCAAAAAUUUAAGAAAAUUGGGAAUACUUUGCUGUUGUCUUCCAAGAAGAUUGUGAGAUGUGAUGUAUGGGCUACAUAAAUAAAAAUAUAUGAAAAAAAAAAGGUG